AUGCCGCUGCGAGGCUUACGCCCGGGGAGGAGCGAAAAGGACCUCAAGCGCCGCAGCACCCUCGACCCUUCCAGCAUAUUCAAGCGUGAGCAGGCGUCGCGCGCCCAGUCCGCCGUCGACCUCGCCCCCAACCGCGGCAUCCAGUCAAGCGAUGGCACGCGCCCGUCCCACUUCGAUCCGCGGGUUUCCUGGGCUGGCGAGCCGCCGCCCUCGCCGCCCAUCCAAGAACACAACGCGCAGACGCGCCGCUUCAGUAUGUUGAGGUUUCGUCACGCCUCAGACCCGCAGCUGUCCCAGAAGGCGAAAGAACACGCCCUGAUGGCCGCCGCCCGCGACGCUCCUCCGGUGCCCGCCAUGCCCGCAGCUCCCGCAAUCAUUACGACCGCACCGACCAUGGAGCCUCCUCCAAACCCGCCGCCCAAGAAGAAGACGAAAUUCCCCACCUUCAGGCGCCGCCUAUCCUUCGAGCCCAACAUCGAUUCGUCUCCGCGGAAGUCGUCGGAACAUAAGCGCAGCGCCGAGCACGCGCGUCCAAGUUUGGGAGGAUUGAUGGAGGCACGGCCAAGCCAGGAGGAUCCCGCGCGCCUCUCCGUAUCGCGAGCCCGUGAAGCGACUCCCGAGAACGGGCAUUCGAAUGCCGGAUCGCAGACUGCGCUGGGAGGGAGACUGUCAGACUCGUCACGGUCCGACGCGAGCUCGAACGACCACGUCCAGCUUGCGACAAACAAGCGGCCUUUGCUAACGUCGCAUUCCACCAUCUUCAGAUUGCCCAGGAGAAACAAGGAGUCGAACCGCAAAUCCCUAUUUCCUUUGCCCGUUAGGAUACCCGCCCCUCCAGAGUUCCCAGACACAGCUCCCGCUACCCCGCGCGCGUCUACCAGCGGCGUCAGCGUCAAUUCCCCCCAUCAUUCCCCCGACGGAACCUAUAGUCCUCCUUUGACCGCCGUACAUCGAUCAAACACCGAUGGAAGCAGUCACCCCUCACAACCUUCAUCACACUCCGCGCUUUCGUCCGCUGUCAACGGUGCAUCCCACGCAGAACCCAACCUUUUGAGAAAUGACUCGACAAACUCAGCGCGUUCGGCGCGAUCCUCGCAUUCUUUAGCGCCUCCAGCGAAAGUUGGACUCCGAAAUCGCUCUUCUACCAUGGGCUCAGUUGGGGCGUCAGGACGAGGAUCGCAUUCGACGUCGUUGAACAUUAGCCGAGAAACUUUGGUGGUACCUACAAGAGAGGAAGGCGAAACCCCUGGAAGAUACCUCGAACGCCUAGAAGAGAACAUCGAUCGAAGCCUGAUAGCAAGCAUCGUUGCCAAGCAUGGGGAUGAGUUCUCGUUGGCGGUUCUGCGAAGUUACAUGCGAAGAUUCAUGUUUUUCGGGGAUCCUAUCGAUAUGGCUUUGAGGAAACUGCUGAUGGAAGUGGAACUGCCAAAGGAAACUCAACAGAUUGAUCGAGUCCUUCAGGGAUUCGCCGAUCGCUACCAUGAGUGCAACCCUGGCAUAUUUGUCUCGCCUGAGGAAGCCUAUUUCAUCUCCUUCUCCAUUGUGCUCUUGAACUCGGACUUCUUCAACCCCAACAACAAGCGGAAAAUGCAGAAGCCUGACUACAUCAAGAACUGCAACGGCGGCAACGCUUCCGAAGUAAACGAAGAUGUCCUGGCUACAAUUUACGACAACAUCGUUUACACACAAUUCAUUCACAUCGACGAUGAGGUCGAUCUGCGGAGUCUGGCAAAUAGACGGAGCAAAAAGACCAAGAUCAUCAAGAACGCUGUUCAAGAUCCGGUGAAGAAAGCACAGAAGGAACCGGUUGAUCCGUAUACGAUCAUUUUCGAAAAUAAGCUGGACAUUCUCCGACCGCCGAUCAAGGACGUAAUGCAAUUCGAGGAUCCUUACAGCUACAAGGGAACGGCACAAUGCAUAGACCUGAAGGCUCUGCACAGAACUUUUGCAAAAUACGGCGUUAUUCAGAUCGUCUCCGCUCGUUCUCGUCCGGAAGCUUUCAUGUCUCCUUCGACAAUAGAAAACCCGGAUGGUGCCCAGGCUGGUGUAGUUGAGAUGCCUGUGACCAAAGUUGGCAUCUUGUGGCGAAAAGACACGAAGAAGAAGGCAGCAAGAUCACCGUGGCAGGAAUGGGGAGCGGUUCUCACACGCUCCAGCUUGUCUUUCUUCAAGAACGCUAGUUGGGCUAAAGGCUUGAUUCAUCAACACGACUCGCACGAAAAGGCUGGUGGUGCUGGAAAUCCCGUGGUGUUUAGGCCACCCGUUGAAGAGUUCAAGCCUGACUACGCAAUCCCCAUGGACCAAUGUGUCGCAGCCUUGGACUCGAGCUACAGGAAGCACAAGUACGCCUUCGUCAUCUUCGCCAAAGGCGGAGCGGAGGAAGUGUUUUUGGCUGAUGACGAGGUGGAUAUGAAUGACUGGCUGGCGAAGUUGAACUAUACUGCGGCAUUCGAGACAGCUGGAAUAAGGCCACGCGGCCUGAUCGGUGGAAGCUACGACGGCCAGCGAAAUCGGGCCAUAAGACGUCUGGAGUCUUCGCAGUCCACCAAGUCUAUCCAGGGUCCUACAGGGCAGGUCACGGUCUCGAGCGGAAAGAUCGACAAUCAGCUUGCUCAGCAAAUCGCAAAAGCUCGAAGGGAAAACGUCCAGCGGAAGGUUGAGGAAGCUGACGAUCGGCUGGGUGCUGCGGUGAAGCAACUGGAUAGCCGCCUGAGGGAUGCCCGUCACUUGCAGGUUAUGGCCCCUAUUCAACCGAGGACCAGAGAACAUGUCAUGCACGCAGCAGGCCGCAUGGCAGCGAAGUUGAAGUGGAUCCGCAUCGAAAUCGUCCGCAUGAAGGCCCAUCGAGACAUUCUCAUCAUGGACAUGGACGAGGAGAAGAAGAAUGCCGAGGAAGCGAAGUCAAGGGUAAAGGAGAUUGAUCCGAUCCCGCCCGUUCCGGCCCUUCCCUCUGCCGCCUCGUCUCCUUCUACAGUGCAGGGCCCUAAGUCUUCACGACUUAGUGGACUCGUCCGUCUGGGAUCUAAAGCUAGCGGCUCAACGACUCGACCUCGUUCACCAAGAUCACCCUCUAUGAGUGGCAGGCCUGACACCGCUGGCUCUGAUGCUAAUGAAAAUGAAGUCUUUGCAACUCCUCCAGAGACAACUCAACCAAGCCCUGGCUCGCCACCUGCAGGCUGGGAGAUUCCUCCCAUGGAGUUUGGACCUUCUAACAGAGACUCUUGGGCCGAGUCUACGACUUCCAGCCGUCCAGGACUUGAUCAUCGGCCGUCAGUGUCUACUGUCGGCGACAUGACAGAGUCCGUUGAUGAAUCAGAUGCUGGCUCGCGGCACCGCCGCCCAAGCAUUUCUGACGCGGAGCACAAUCCGACUGAGAUGAAUCUGGACGGCCGCCCUUCGACUCCUUCAGGCGAGAAUGCUGAGCGACCUGCUCCUGGCAGCCCCGAGUCACGCAGCAAGGUUCGCCGCAGUCUUCACCGCACCCUUCGCGACACGCAUAGUGGUAGCGGACACCGACGGAGCGGCAAGGGCAAGGAAUCUGGCUCUAGCAUCAAGUCCGACGACCUCAGUGGACCCUCGAGCCCAGAGGUUCUUCCGCGUACUCACCAAAGCUUCACUGUUCAUGGAAAGAAGGCUUCUGUUGUCACGUUCGGUGCAGAGUGGCAGAACCUGUCGGCAGAGGAGCGCUUGAGGCUGCGUAAGUCGACAAAUGACGAGGGCAGCAAGCUGAGCGCUUCGGCGGCUGGUGACGACGAUGCCACAAUCCGAGGCAGAGGUCGUGCUGCUUCGACGACCUCGGAAAGUUCUCGUACCAUCAGGAACCUGACCUCGGGUCCUGGUCCUACUCUGGAGGAGGGGGAGAUAGAGGAGGGUCUGGGAUUGAAGCCUCUGCCGAAAGACGUGCAAUGGAACAACGGUCGCCUGAGCGAGGAAAUGGCCGACUCGGGUCUUGCUUCUGAACCCGAGGACCUCUCGCCCACGACGACACGGGACAGUGCGACCAAGGCUGACAAAGAAUCAGCUGGUGAUGAUGAGGAAGCCCACGCAGGCGGUCUGCACAAGAAUGUUCAGCCGCAGGCCGUGGAGGCUUGA